AUAUGCAACCCGUCAAAAACGUGCUGACACAAAGAAAGCUCUGAAGGAUCUCUUAUUCAGUGGUGGGUCCCCCAAAGUUACAUUUGAGGAUGAAUUCCACAAAACAAAUCAUACACGCAACUGGGCUGCAGACCCGGUAAAUCAUUCAGACAGUGCAGAUACAAAAG